AUGCCCCCGACAGUACAAACUAAUGAGCCGGAGCGAGAAAAGCGGCCACAGAGGACAGGCGAGCGGAGGUCUGAAUUAGUUACACGAGUCAAAUAUUGCAACACUCUUCCAGAUAUACCUUUUGAUUUAAAAUUUAUUACUUAUCCUUUUCCAUCUACACGAUUUAUUCAAUAUAAUCCGACGUCUUUGGAAAAGAAUUACCGAUAUGAAGUAUUAACAGAACAUGAUUUGGGUGUUCAUAUUGACUUAAUAAACCGUGACAUAUACCAAGGCGAUGGAAAUGCACAGUUAGAUCCAGCAGAUGAAAAACUUUUAGAAGAUGAUGUACUCACUCCCCAGGAUUCUAAGCGAUCUCGUCAUCAUGCCAAAAGCGUGUCAUGGCUACGACGGUCUGAAUACAUUUCUACUGAACAGACUCGCUUUCAGCCACAGACUAUGGAAAAGGUUGAAGCUAAAGUGGGUUACAAUGUUAAGAAGAUAUUCAGUGAAGAGACAUUAUACAUGGACCGAGAUAGUCAAAUAAAGGCUAUUGAGAAAACAUUUGAAGACAAUAAGAAACCUAUUGAGAAGCAUUACAGUAAACCUGGUGUUACACCAGUGGAAAUUAUGCCAGUGUUCCCUGACUUUGAUAUGUGGAAGUACCCUUGUGCUCAGGUUAUAUUUGACUCUGACCCAGCACCAGCAGAUAAGAAUAUUGCAGGUCAGAUCGAAGCUAUGUCUCAAGCUAUGAUUCGAGGUGUGAUGGAUGAAAGUGGAGAACAAUUUGUAGCAUAUUGCUUACCAACUGAAGAUACUAUACAAAAACGAAGACGAGACAUCACUGAGGGUAUACCCUACAUGGACGGUGACACAUAUGAAUACAAAAUGGCUAGAGAAUAUAACUGGAAUGUUAAAAGUAAAGCUUCUAAGGGCUAUGAGGAAAAUUACUUCCUGGUGGUUCGUAAUCAUUGUAUCUACUACAAUGAAUUAGAGACACGUGUGCGUCUGUCCAAGAGGCGUGCUCGUGCUGGGGCGGCGGCUCAAGCUCUGACUCGCCUCGUAGUGACUCACCGGCCUCUCGGUGCUGGGGAACACCGUAUGUUGAGACUGAGGGAGAAACAGCUGGAACCGCCACAGGAAGAAGAUGAAGAAGAGGAAGAAGAUGACGACGAAGAUGAAGAAGAGGAAAAACAGAAUCAGAAUGAAAAGGAAAGGUCACGUUCCCGAUCAAAGUCGGGUUCGAAGUCGCCCCAAGGGUCAGAGAAGUCGAAGGGGUCGAGAUCAAGGUCAGCGUCUAGGGAACGGUCCAAGUCCAAGUCAAGGUCCAAGUCUAAGUCCAGAAGUCGUUCCCGGUCAGGGUCUGGGUCUAGGAAGUCUAGGUCUAGGUCUGGUUCUGCACAGUCUGGCUCUGCUAGGUCGGCUUCACCUCGCUCUAGGUCUGGGUCCCGAGCCUCGUCCCGAGCCUCCUCACGUGCCAGCUCUAAGAGUAAGGGCUCCAGGAACAGCUCUGCGAGUCCCAGGUCCCGCGCUAGCUCUAAGGGCAGCGCUAAGGGUUCAAAAGCAUCGUCAAAAGCGAGUUCUCGCGCAUCAUCCCGAGCCUCAAGAGCGUCUUCCAGGGCUUCGUCCAAGGCUUCAGGUUCUAAGGCAUCGUCCAGGGCCAGUUCCAGACGUAACUCGGGCUCCGGUAGCGGCUCUGAUAAGUCUAAGAGUAGGUCUCCGAGUGGGUCUAGACAGGGAUCUCGAAGCGGGUCUGCCUCGAGCGCCUCGUCACGUCAUAGUGGUUCUGAU